AUGCCUUCGGUUCAUCUUACUCAAUUGCGAAAAUGGAUGAUGGACUCUCCACCGGUUGAAUGGGGAAUGCGCCAACUACGAGAACUUCUUCUAGGGGCCCUUCGACAGGGCCCUAUACCUCAACAUAUUGCGUUCGUAAUGGAUGGCAAUAGGCGAUACGCUAGAUUGCAUCAAAUUGAAACUGUUGAAGGUCAUAAUUUAGGAUUUGAAGCUUUAGCAGCGAUUUUGGAAGUUUGCUAUAAAACGGGGGUCAAAGUAGUUACAGUAUACGCCUUUAGUAUCGAGAAUUUCAAACGCUCAAAAUAUGAGGUAGAUGCUUUGAUGGAAAUGACAAGGAUCAAAAUCUCGCAACUAUCACAACAUGGGGAGCUACUAGAUAGAUAUGGCGCUUGUGUCCGUGUUAUUGGGCGAAGAGAUCUAUUGAAACCAGAUGUUUUAGAGGCUAUAGAUAAAGCUGUUGACCUGACCAAGGAUAAUAAUGAUUGUAUUUUGAAUAUCUGCUUCCCCUACACUUCUCGCGAUGAGAUUACUACGGCGAUUAGGUCAACUGUCGAAGAUUAUUCGAAGCCCACAAGUGCUCAGUCCCGGCCGUUUUCUCAAACAAGAAUAUCUCAGAAAAUCCGAUUGAAGAAUCAGACCACACCAAUUCGUUCUUGCUCUCCAACCCCAUCAAAUAAAUUGAGCCUUGAUGACUCUAUCUCAUCUGCUACUACACUUAAUCUAGAAUCACCCCCAAUAGAAUUUGAUGAGAACUUUGGCUAUCCUGACCCCGAGACUAUUGAUGCGGAAGUGCUGGAAAAUCAUAUGUUCACCGCAGGUAAUCCACCCUUGGGGCUCCUCAUCCGAACGAGCGGCGUCAAGAGAUUGAGUGAUUUCAUGCUCUGGCAAUGCCAUAAAAACACUAAAAUAGUCUUUCUAGACUGUCUGUGGCCCCAGUUUGAUUUGUGGCAUUUUUUACCAGUAUUGGUAGAGUGGCAGUGGAAUCAGAAACACCUCGAGAAAGCUUCAGCUGUGGACGCAAAGCCGAAGAUGAUUAAACUUAGGUAA